AUGGACAAUACCAGGAUGAACUCCUUCUUAGAGUAUGCAAUUUGUAAUCGUGGGACGAGCGCCUACUCACCCAAGAGUUACCACCAUUCAGAACAAGGAAUAACAGCUUUCGCUCCCUGUGCAGGUAACACUGACAACAGUGAUGGACGAUUCCUGGCAGGAGGGAGUGGGCACAUUGCACACCAGCAUCAGCACCAGCCAGCCAGCUAUUCGCAUCACUCCAACCUGGGAAUCCCAUUCGCCAAUACAACCCCCACCAGCUAUACCAGCCAAACCUGCAACCUGCCUUACAAUCACCAUUAUUUUUUCAACCAAGAAUCAGAUGGGGCGUACAUUCAGACCCCGGGGUACACUGGCAGUAUACCAUCCCCCGGCAAUCCCCUGCCAGACAACUACUCUGGUGUCUCAGGGUCGGGUCAGUAUCAGCAUUCCUACGGCCAAGAGCAACAGGGCUUGAUUUGGACCUACACUAAUCUGUCUCCAUCUCAAGAAGGGGAGAAUGAACCAUCGUGCACCUCUGAUUCAUCGUCGUCGGGUCAAACGUUUGACUGGAUGAAAGUGAAAAGAAACCCACCUAAAACAGCCAAAAUUGCUGACUACGGACUUGGCGGUCCGCCGAACUCGACGAGGACCAAUUUCACCACCAAACAAUUAACUGAGCUGGAGAAGGAAUUCCAUUUUAACAAGUACCUGACCCGGGCCAGGCGGGUGGAAAUCGCUGCCACUCUGGAGCUGAAUGAAACACAGGUCAAAAUCUGGUUCCAGAACCGCAGAAUGAAACAGAAAAAGCGAGAGAGGGAAGGAUUUGGGCCUCUCUUCUUCACUAACACUGCAAAGGAAAGCGGGGAUGGGUCAGACAAGUCCUCGACACCCUCUCCCGCCACCUCUCCCAGAUCAUCCACAUCAGAAAACAUUCACACUUAUAACCCAGGCGAAAAUAAAACGGAUAGAUAA